GGACGAUCUUUGUUACAAACAUGGCCGCUCGCAUGUGAAUGUCAUGCCACCUUAAUCUACUCCCUGAAUCAGCUCAGUUAUAGUACAGUUACGUUGAAACUGACAUGUAAACGACAUCUUCUGGAGCUGCGGUUUUAUUCACGUGAGACAGCGGAGGAUCCGGGAAACUAUAGCUUGAUUCAUUAGUUGAUUAGCUCUCCAUGUUAGCAUUUUAGCUAACCAGCAGCUAUAACUACAGACGGAGUCAUGAUGGAUCCUGACCAACAGCUGAGAAAUCUGCGGGAUUUCCUCCUGGUUUACAACCGCAUGACUGAAAUCUGCUUCCAGCGAUGCAGCAGCAACUUCAACUACAGAAACCUCACCAUGGACGAGGAGCGCUGUGUGGACAGCUGUGCGGGGAAGCUGAUUCGCUCUAACCACCGCCUGAUGGGCACCUACGUGCAGCUGAUGCCUCGGAUGGUACAGCGACGGAUGGAGGAGAUGGAGAGCAAAACUGCAGAAUAUGCCAAGGCAGCAGAAGCAUCUGCGGCUGCAUCUGUGGUACCUCCUGCCACAGAGGCUGUGGUACCACCUGCCACAGAGGCCUCACCAGCAUCUCAAACACCCAUCACCUCAUCUCCAUCCCCACAAGUACCUCCACUGGUGGAUCGGGCUUUUACCUCAAUGAUUGAUGUCGAAGCGGAAGCCCACAGCUCAGUCCUAAAGCCAGCAGGAUUAGAUAUUCCAGUCGAGCUCAAUGCUGCUCAGUCCGCAUCCACAGCAGCCACUGAAGUCAAAUUAUCAGCUGCCGCACCACUCACACCUGCGACUGAAGCAGUGAAUCUCUCCCAGCUUAAUGACGCUGGAAAUGGACUAUCUUAUUCAGCAAGCUUUCCUCAGCCGCCAACAGCUGGUGCCCAAAUUGAGUCUGAGAUCCCAGCGGCUGUGUUAAUGCCAUCUAAACCUCUGUCAUUAUCAGGAGAUGUGCCUGCGGCAACAGCAGCUGCACCUACAGUGUCUAAAUCCAUCGAGAGCCUGUCAGGCCAACAGAGAGCCCCAGAGGUUCCCCCAGCGUCAGGCCAAUGAUGAGGCCCAGUCUGGGUCUGCCUCAGACUGUUAACAAACCCAGCACAAACACCCCACGUCUGAUGACUCAUUGCUGGCUGUCCCAGAUGUGACAUUCUCCGUAUUGCUGAGAAGAAUAGCUGAUUAAUAGCAUAAAUACAUAAAUUAUGGAAUAGAUCAACUUUUAACAACUAUUAAACAUGAUAUCAUCAUGCCAUAUAACCUUCUGUUUCUUAAAUGUGAGCAUCUGAUGCUUUUCUGUUUUCAUAUUGUGAAAAUCUUUGAGGUUUUUCACUAUUUGUUUUACAAUAUUAGCAACUUGAAGACCUCACCUUAGACUCUAUUAACUUGUGCAGGCAUUGUCAGUAUGUUUUACUUUUUUUUACAGAACAGUAAAUGAAUAAAAAAAACAUUCAUUAUUAGUUCCUCAUGAAAAUAAUCUGAAAUUGCACUUGUAGUGCCCAGUAAACUACCAGGAAAAUAAUAUAAACCCCUAUGGUGAGAGAACAGUCAGGAGUAGUGAAGAAUACAUAAAUAUAAUAUAUAAAUGUCUGACAGUAUUGCAAAGUCAGAAAUGUUAAAUAUGCAGACAUUAAAAUCCAAGGUGCAGCCUAAAUGUUUUCUGAUAAGAGGCAAAAACAAGAUGGACGUCGCUGUAAUGGUGUAUGUGGGUGUAUGUGUGUGUAAUGAUUUUAGUGAUGGCACUGGAUAUUGCCAGCUCCAAAGGACUUGUCUGAUGACACCCUGAUGACACUCAGUCCUGAUAACUGUUUUGAAAGAUGACACAGUAAAUUAAGAAAUUAGAAAAUCUCCAAUAAUAAUAAAAAAAAUGAGAGUAUUCAUUACUUCUU